AUGAAUGACUCAAACGAACGGAGAUUAGAGACACUUUCUGGGCAAAUUUCAUCGCUAAAAAAUGUCACCUACGAUAUAUAUGCACGAGCUAGCGAUCAUAGCCAUAUAGACCGUGCCAAUGAAGGGUUUUCUAGCCUAACGGAUUCUGUAAAAAGGACUACCACUGGAUUUUUUCGAGUCGUUCGUAAUGCUGGUAGAAGAAGUAUUCUUACGUCUGUUUUAGCAAUUGUCGGGAGUGUGUUAAUCUUUUACUAUUUUUGCAAAUACCUCCUUUGA